AUGGCGCCGCGCAACAUUCGCUCCGCAGAGUCCGCGGAGCACUUAAACCCAUUUGGAGGGUCCUUCACCUCCAGUUCACCGAUAGCGGCAUCGGCGAUCGCGCGCGACCUCGCUCAGUACGAAGACGAGGACUCGAGCAACACCGACGGGGACUCCGAAGCCUCGACACUUCGUCCUGCCAGCAACCAUGCUAAUCCGCAUUCGUUGGCUGGGUCUUAUCGCCGCCCGAGCUAUUUCACCAACGUGAACCACGCCACAGCCAUCCCCGCGGCUGCGAACUAUCAGCCUUUGACUGAGGGCGAACGGCAAAAAGCGAUCAAAGAAGAGCGGGACCUCCUCGGAGAUAACCAUGUCAUCCCAACCGACCAAAGGUCCAAGGGACUGCCGCAUCAAAUUGGCAAUCUGUUUGCUACAUCCCCAGGGCAAGGUCCCUCCAGGCCGUUCGGUGCGGGGAGAGAAUCGCCCAUCAAACCCCCCGGGAUCCAGCCACAGGCCACAGAGUCCACGGCUCUGCUAGGACCUCCCAGUGGGGCGGAAGGCAUGGACCCGGAGGAAAUUGAUCGGAAAUGGGAAGAAGCUGUAAUUGCAGGGUUGAUCAACACGACUUGGAAGCGUGAAGCGAUCGUGAUUGGUCAGUAUUCUGCACCGUUGAUGUUGACAUUCUUGCUGCAGUACUCCUUGACGCUAGCCAGUGUCUUCACAAUUGGCCACUUGGGCAAAGAGGAGCUGGGGGCAGUCAGUUUGGCCAGUAUGACGGUGAGCAUUACUGGGAAUGCCGUGUAUUCUGGUCUUGCGACGAGCUUGGAUACCCUCUGUGCGCAGGCGUACGGUUCAGGGAAGCGCAAGUUGGUGGGCCUACAGAUGCUCCGCAUGGUCUACUUCCUAUGGCUGGUGACUGUUCCUAUCGCUGUGUUAUGGUUCUUCUCUGAGAAUAUUCUCGUGAAGAUUGUGCCAGAAACAGAAGUGGCGCGAAUGGCCGGACUGUACUUGAAGAUUGCGCUCUUAGGAACCCCAGGUUAUGCGUGUUUUGAGAGUGGAAAACGGUACCUGCAGGCGCAGGGCGUCUUCUCUGCCUCGUUGUAUGUUUUGAUCGUCUGCGCUCCAUUCAAUGCUUUCUUGAACUGGUUUCUGGUUUGGAAAAUGCAAUGGGGAUUCAUCGGAGCACCAAUUGCCGUCGCAGUCACGGAGAAUCUUCUCCCGUUAGGUCUCUUCCUAUAUGCCUACUUUGCUGUAGGGUCUCAAUGCUGGUGUGGGUUCACCAGACGGGCAUUUGAUAAUUGGGGCCCAAUGAUUCGCCUCGCCUUACCGGGCUUGCUCAUGGUCGAGGCCGAGUGCCUUGCCUUUGAAGCUUUGACUCUUCUCAGUAGUUAUCUGGGCACGACUGCUCUGGCUGCCCAGUCUGUUCUCUCUACCAUUUCAAGCAUUACAUGGCAGAUUCCCUUCCCACUGUCUAUCGCUGGUAGCACUCGCGUCGCAAACUUGAUUGGUGCUACCUUAGUUGGAGCCGCGAAGACGUCUGCGAAGGUGAGUUUCUGUGGUGCUGUAAUCGUCGGGUUGUUCAACAUGGUCCUUCUCUCGGUUCUGCGAGACUACAUUCCCAUGCUUUUCAGCUCUGAUGCCGACGUCAUUGCGUUGGUGGCCCAAGUCCUACCCCUGUGUGCUGCUUUUCAACUUUUUGAUGCGCUUGCGGCCAAUUGCAACGGUAUUCUCCGUGGAUUGGGCCGUCAAGAAGUCGGUGGCUACAUCCAACUUUUCUGUUACUAUGUUAUCGCGAUGCCUGUCAGCAUUGGCACAACCUUCUGGCUGGGCUGGGGAGUCAUGGGCCUAUGGACUGGAGUGGCCCUGGCUCUUCUGCUUGUAUCGGUCAUCGAAGCGAUUUUCAUCAGCCGGAUUAGCUGGGAGCGGUCAGUGGAGGAGGCGACGCGACGCAAUGAGAUGACUUGA